AUGCCCCCAGAUAUUUACACCGCCAUGGAGCCCGCAACGCAGCAACAGCAGCUGCCGCAGCAACCCUCCUUCACGCAGCGCAAAACCGCCCUCCAGCCCAACCCACGUCUGCUCGCCCUCGCACCGCUCAACCCCCCAAACCACGAAGACUACACCUACCCACCCUACACCUCCUACAUCCAUCGCCGCUCCGUGCCCACCACACCCACCCUCCUCUCCAACUCCCCGCCGCCCUUCACCCGCGGCGUCUCCGCCCCCUACUCCCUCGCCCAAGCAGCCCGCACCAAGAGCAAGAAGCCCUCUACACCCUCCUCCACCCCCCGGCGCAACAGCAAGCGACCCAGCCACCGCCGAUCCAAAACAACCGAAAACUCCCCCACUACCCCCCGCCCGUUCCAAUCCUCCUCGAGUAGUUUCUUCCCCGACACCGAUUUCCUCCUCCGCGUCGGCGCCGUGAUCGCCUCCGAGGCCCGCGACGCCAAAGGCCAGGGAUGGCUCGCGACACGCGACAGUUCGGCCGCGUCGACCCCCGGCGUCGGUGUCUCCGACUACGAGUACACCUACCCGGCCUAUCGCCCGGACGAGGAAACGCUGGCGGCGCGCCGCCGCGUGGAGGAACAGCAGCGGUUGCGGGCUGCGCGGAGGAGUCUGCAGGCGAGUCGGAGGGGGAGUCGGGAUUUGGGGAAGUUGAAUGGCCUUGCCAACAGUCAUGGGCAUGGUCACGGUCUCAGCGAGGAAUUGACUAUGUCCCUGGCUGGGCUUAGCCUCACCGGCCCUGGUAGCGCCCGCAGUGCAAGUCAGGCUACAUUCCCUGGCCGCUGGCCCGGUGGUGGCGACCGUACCAGUCGGCCGAUGACGCCUAUGGAAGAGCGGCGGGCGGAAUUGCUCGUGCUCGCGGAAGACGACCCGGCCGUGCGAGAGGACUAUUUCAAUUCCCGGGCGAUUGCGGCUGCUAAUGCUGCUCAUGCAGCGGCUGCGGCGGCUGCUGCUGCUCAUGAGGCUUCGUUGAGGCCGCAGCCGGAUUUUAUCGGGUUGGAUGAACGGCUGGAGUUUCCCGAGCGGUUUGCCCCUCCUAAAAGGGAAGAGGAAGAAGAAGAAUACUCGGAGGACGAAGAAGAGUAUUUGCGGGCAUAUAUGAAGGAUAAGGGUGUUCUUGGCCGGUUGUUUGAUUACUUCGUCGGUCGUGAAGACGACGACGACGACGCGUACGCAGACGACGAAGAAGACUUCGAGGAAGAGGACGACGACACCGUCAACAACGACGAAGCCGACGACGAAGCAUACCAGAACGGUAAACCCCGCAGCAGAAGUGAAGGAGACAACGAAGGGUGGUGCGACGUAACAGCGGAAGCGGAAGCAGAACGCCAGCGACAGGUGCGACGAUCGGCGAGUUGGCGCCGGUUGCAGGAGUGCACGGUCAUACCUCUCGACUGUACCAACGACCCGCCGCCGAGGGAAGGGGAGAAGGGCGGGGUGGUGAGUGAUGCUGUGUGGUUGGUGAGGGUCGCGGCUAAGGCGAUGUUUUGGUAG